CAGAGACAGAGAUACUGAGAUUUAUGGCUGAGCAGACUGGCCUAUCAAUAGAGUUGAAUUGCGACAGAUAUGUAUCACUCCUCUCUAAACUGAUAGGAGAAACUGAAUUCUUGCAGAACAACCCUCCUAAGUUUGUACCUCAGGAAGACAGGGCCAUUAAGCAUCUCCUUGAUGUCCUUAAUCCUCAUUCUACUACAAAUGGUGGACCACUCACACUGGAUCAUGUGGCAUAUGUUGAAGGACGUGGUAACCUAAUCAUUGGCUACUCACCUCCCAGUGCUACCCAGGGAACAGUCUCUUUUGUUGGGAGUCAUUUGGACUGUGUGCCUGCUAAUCCUGAGACAUGGGAAAGAAAUCCUUUCAAACUAACACAAGAAGGUGACAAACUGUAUGGUCGCGGUACCACUGAUUGCUUGGGACACGUUGCACUCAUAACUGAUCUAUUUAUACAAUUAGCUGAGAAGAAACCUCCACUCAAGCGAUCAGUCUAUUUCAGUGUUUUGAAUACUCGUGGGCCUUGUAGUAAAUACUCAUUUACAAACUCAGUAACUGGAGAAGAGAAAACAGGCAAGAUUGAGUUUAAAUUGACUGAAGAGAUAUUUAAGGGCAUUGCAUGCAAAUUGGAUUCUCCUGGUUUCAUUCACCUUAAUGAAGCAACAAAAGAAGUUAUUGGUAGCAGUACACCAUACUCUGACUGUGGUAGUCUACCACUAGUUGCUGACCUACAGGAAGCAGGCUUUGAUGUUCAAAUAACUGGAUAUGGACAUAGUGAUGUGUAUCACGGAGACAAUGAGUAUUGCAGUCUUUCCUGCAUGCAAAGUGCUAUGAAGAUUCUCAGCCGUGUGCUUGACAAAUUUAACCAGUGAUUAAACACUGAAAAACUUUAAUUUGUGAUUUUUUGACAAAAUUUAAUCAUGAAAUUAAUUGCAAUAA